GAAGACUCGCACACGGACGUUACGGAGUUGGCUUUUUUUCCCCCACUGAAGGGACGACAACAACAUGGCUCACGGUACGGCGAGACGGGAAUCCGUGGACACGGAGAUGCACAAGUCGGGGGACGCUCGAAAGGCCUUGGUCUGCACAAAGAAGAGGGGCUAUGACGUCACACGCAACCCCCACCUGAACAAAGGCAUGGCAUUCACCCUCGAUGAGCGCCUACAGCUGGGGAUCCACGGCCUGCUUCCUCCUUGCUUCAUUACUCAAGACGUGCAGCUGCUAAGAGUACUUAAGAACUAUGAAAUGAUGAAACAUGACCUGGAUAGGUAUGUGUUUUUGAUGGGCCUCCAGGACCACAGUGAGAAGCUCUUCUACCGUCUGCUGACUUCAGACAUCGAGAGGUUCAUGCCCAUCAUCUACACACCCACCGUGGGCCUCGCUUGCCAGCAAUAUGGCCUGAUAUUUAGAAGACCAAGGGGGCUAUUCAUCACUAUCCAUGAUCGUGGCCACAUUGCAUCACUACUUCAGAAUUGGCCAGAAAAGGACAUCAAGGCUGUGUGUGUGACCGACGGUGAGAGGAUCUUAGGCUUGGGAGACCUUGGCUGCAAUGGGAUUGGAAUUCCAGUGGGGAAGCUGGCCCUGUACACAGCCUGCGGAGGUGUGCCUCCACAACAAUGUCUGCCUGUGCUACUGGACGUGGGCACAGACAAUAAGGUACUGUUGCAGGAUCCACUUUACAUUGGACUCAGACAUGAGCGAGUGCGAGGCCAAGACUAUGAUGACCUGCUGGAUGAAUUUAUGAAGGCUGUGACAGAAAGGUACGGAAUGGACUGCCUGAUCCAAUUUGAAGACUUUGCAAACAUUAAUGCUUUCCGCUUGCUGAGCAAGUACAGAAACAAGUAUUGCACUUUCAACGAUGACAUCCAAGGCACUGCUGCAGUCGCGGUCGCAGGACUUCUGGCCGCCCUUCGGAUUACCAAUAGUAAAAUGUGUGACCACACGAUAGUGUUUCAAGGUGCAGGCGAGGCAGCAAUGGGGAUCGCUGAGCUGAUCUCAAUGGCCAUGGAGAAGGAAGGACUUUCUAAGGAAGACUGUUUGAAGAAGAUCUGGAUGGUCGAUUCCAAAGGCCUCAUUGUCAAGGGUCGAGACCAGCUGACGCAUGAGAAGGAGAGGUUUGCUCAUGAACAUCCGCCGAUGAAAAGCUUGGAGGAAGUGGUGCGUGAACUGAAACCCACAGUACUGAUCGGUGUGGCGGCUGUAGCCGGUGCCUUCUCAGAGCAGAUCAUCAGAGACAUGGCAUCGUUCAAUGAACACCCCCUCAUCUUCGCUCUCAGCAACCCGACCAGUAAAGCUGAAUGCACCGCAGAGCAGUGUUACACAUUCACAGAGGGGAGGGGCAUCUUUGCAAGUGGAAGUCCCUUUGACCCCGUUACCUUGCCUGAUGGGAGGACAUUCUAUCCCGGUCAGGGAAACAACGCCUACAUCUUCCCUGGCAUCGGCCUUGGCGUCAGCGCCUGCUCCAUAUGUCACAUCACUGAAGAUAUCUUUCUUAUUGUUGCAGAGGGUCUCGCUCAGCAGGUGACGGAGAAGGACUUGGCAGAGGGAAGACUGUAUCCUCCUCUCAGCUCCAUCACCAAGGUUUCUCUCACGCUGGCAGUCAAGAUAGUGGAGUACGCCUACGAGCACAACAUAGCCACACUUCGCCCAGAGCCAUCCGACAAGGAGGCGUACGUGCGAUCGCUGGUUUACAGCAUCGACUAUGAUGACUUUAGUGCAGACUUGUACGGUUGGCCAGAAGGAAGCACGACGCUCCAAUCAUGCAAGCUUUGACCAAGUGAGCCUCACGAGAUAUGAAGGUAACUACUAAAGAGGACCUGUAAAGAAUCACUAUAUUGAUGUUUUAUGCUGCUUUAAAUUAUGUUUUGGGCAUUUUAUAAAGUGUAUAAAGUUGUUUAGUUCAGGUAAAAUGAGGUUAAUGGUAGGUGGAACAAAUAACGUCAUAACUGAAUUCCUCACCACUGACUUAUUAUGGUAUUUUGCAUCACUGCAACCACCUGCUAAAAAAAAAAAAACAUGCACCGCUUACACAGAUUUAUAUUGUAAUAUAAUUGAUCGAACAAUGCCAUCUGAUGCUAAAACAUAUAAAUAAAGAAUAUAGAACUGUU